AUGACGGCCGUUACCAAUUCCCUCCCCAUCAGGCCGCUCCCUGCAAAAAGGGGCAAGGCUUCACAUCUCCAUGUUGAAGCCAGCUCCUCAUCCAUGUUGGCUCUGUCGACUAAAGACGUUAGGCCUCACGCCAACCAACCGUCUAUCCCCAUCCGUCAUCAAGCCCUGCCACCCGCCAGGCUAUGUCAAGUAAGCACCCUCACACACACACGCUCGCGUAUCAUCCCGGGCCCGGCUUCAUGCAGCCCGCCCUGGUCUCGUCAUGUACCUAUCCAUAUACAGCAAUCUGCAUCUGAACUUACUACACACACUGUACGCACCACAUUCUACCGGUCCUGGUACCCUGUCCUGUCCUGUCCUGUCCUGCAAGUGCCGGCUUGCGUCAAGGCUAUUUUACAGACAUCACGUCUCGGAGAUGAUGUUUUGCUGAUCGCCUCCCGGCACCAUGCCCUCAUGCCGCACAUGUCUCUUUGUCAAGACGUUUAUGCCCUCGAUAGCACGCCGGCUUUUGAUCCCGGCUGCAUGUUGUUGCCUCUGGCUGCGUCGCAUGUGCUGCUUUGCAUGCGCUGCAAUCUCCGCGUCGCAAAGUCAAUGGUGAUCCCAGCGGCCUGUCCGUAA